CGUGCGCGUUGGUGUUCGCCAGGCUACGCAAUUGGGAGAGGAGUGUAGCUGUUAGGGGUUUUCGUACCGAAUUUGUCGGGUAGUAGAUAUUUCCAACUUGUCAUGUUUCCAUUUUCACAGUAACACACUUACUCGUGCGUGUGCGCCACCCACCAAAUGUCAGGCAUUAUGGCGAGAACGCCUUUGCGAAGUGAUGGACGGAACCGUUUUUCCUUAUCAUAAAGUUGUUAUCAUUCCUUGUGGUUGGAUCGCCUGAAAACUUGAAGGGGUGGGCGGGGACGAGGGACUUCAGUUUUAGGAAGAAGUGAAGGAAAGAGGACUGAUUCACUGAACGUGUCAAGCCUUAUUUGAAGGAGUAGGUGGAAGGAGGGGCUGUCACUUUCGAGAAAGGGUCGAGGGAAAGGAGGAGCACCUCCGUGGUUGAGUGGAGCCGAGCAGGGGCAGCCGGAGUUCGAGGCAGCCUGAGACAUGGCGGCAGCGGCGGGAGCAGGAGGGGUCAGCACCCUGCCCACACUACCUGAUACUGGCGGCAACCCCUUCCCCCCGGGAUCAUUCAAGGAACCCAAGAGACUCUAUUGUAAGAAUGGUGGCUAUUUCCUGAGGAUCUUGCCGGAUGGCAGAGUCGAUGGAACCCGCGAGAAGAAUGAUGGCAACAAACAUGGGAAGAAAUCGCAGUACCUGGAGAAAAUCCAUACAGUCACAGGGAGGACAUUUAAACUGCAGCUGCAGGCAGAAUCUAUUGGAGUUAUAUCAAUCAAGGGAAUUUGUGCCAAUCGUUACCUUGCUAUGAAUGAUGAUGGCAGAUUGUAUGGAUCGAGGUUGCCAACAGAUGAUUGCUUCUUUUAUGAAAGGUUGGAACCAAAUAACUACAAUACAUAUCGUUCAAAGAAACAUGAAAAUUGGUAUGUUGCUCUUAAAAGAUCUGGACAGUACAAACCCGGGCCAAAAACUGGACCAGGACAGAAGGCAAUUUUGUUUCUGCCAAUGUCUGCAAAGUGUUCCUAACUAUCUACUUCCAGCAUUUUCCUUUUUAAUUUAAAAAGAGUGAUUUCACUUUUGAUAAGACUUUUAUUGCUGUGAAAGGUACAAGUGUACACAGUAUUGUGUCGACAUGGUCUUGAUGUUCUGGCAGUUUUACAAACUGCACUAAAUCAACUGUGCACUAUCAGGCUACAUAAAAUGUGAUUUUAAUGAAGUGUCAUCACAUCUUUGUUUCUUUAAAUCGCACAGAUAACAUUAAUUUAAAAAUGUUCCUUAUAUAACCCAAUAUACUGGUUUAUGUAAUAAUUUGUUAAUACUAUCUGAUAACUACAACUUGACUGAAAGAUGCAGUUAAUGCAGUAUUGUAGUAUUUAGGUGAAUGGUUACAUUUCUGUGACCACUGGUCAAGUUUUGUUUGAUUGGCUUAAUAGAAUCCAAAAUGCUGUUGUUUCCUAUGCAGACCUUUAAUGUACUGCCAGAUUAAAACAUUUCUAGUUUUCAUAUAAUCUUAUAGUUAAUUGGUUCUUCGCUCCAUGUGGUAUUUGCAACUUUAUAAAUAUCUAAUCUUUAUGUAUCAUCAAUCACCAUCAGAAGGUUUGGAGCAAGUGUUCUCUGUUCAGUUGGAGAUACAGUUCUGUUUUUCUUGGGGUUACUUGCAAACUUCUUACUUGUGGUAUACAAAUAGCUCCUUGUGUUUUGUAAAUUGUAGAUUUGUGUAAAGAAAGUAACAGAAUGUAGGUUGUAAAUUAGACAUGUAAAUUGGAUUGGUCCUUUUAUUUUUUAUGGCUAUGGUUGUGAUCAUCUUGAAAAGCUGUCUCUUAGAUAUUAACUAAAAUUAGUGCAGUUUAGGCAUGUUACAAAAAGAUAAUGCACCUUAUGUAUUAUAUACUUUCUGAUUCAUAUACAUUUUACAUUAAUAAAUGUAGUUGCAGUGAAGGGACAAUUAUAUAUCUAACGUCCUCUGGACUGUGUUCCAGAGCUUGUGGCAAGUAUAAAAGGACUAAAUUUCACUAAAAGAGCUUUUUAAUCCCUCUGUUAAGAGUGCAUUUGGAAUCUGUCUUUGUUAACUAUAGUGGGAUUAUAGGUAACACUGAAAUACAUGUCAUAAAUGAUUACCUUUAUUCUUCCUUACUCUUUUGUUUUGAAUUGAAUAUUCUUCAUUGUCCCUAAUGUUAAUUAAAAAUGGCUUUAAAAAUAUUAAUUUUACAUUGAUUUAAAGCAGUGUUUUCAAAUUGCAUGCCAUAUGCAUGUAUCUAUUAUUGGCCCAACCACAAAUUUCAUUCUCAUGCCACCAUUUUCAUACCAAGCUGAUAACAUAAAAUUAUUCUGCCCAGCUAGUUUUGCAUCAGGUCUUGCUCUCUAAUUGAUCUUUGCUUGUUGAACUACAUUAGCUCCCGAUCUCGAACUCAAAUUCUCAGCUUUUUUUUUAUUGAGAUUCCUCCUUGACAUCACAUCUUUCCAUCUUUGGAAUAAUUUCCAGACAUGCAAAUCUCAAAGACCUUACACUGCCAUUUCUCGCAUCCUGCAGUUCCACUUUCUUCUGUCCUGAUGAAGGGAUUGUUUAACUGAAUAGAGGACAAGCUCUGAAUUUCCCUUGCUAACACCCUCUGGCUUCCUACCUAUUUCCCUAUGACCUUUAAGAUAUUUUCAUCUACUCUGUCUGAUUUGGUUUUGGGUAUCUGAUGAUUUAUCACUUGAACAUCAUUUAGACAUUUCACAGGUUCUCUGUCUUGCUGGGGCCACAAGUAAAGGAUGUGCUUGUGAGCCACGUACCCACAGUUGUAUCGUGUUGCUGGUAGCUCGUAGAGAUGCUUCCACACAGUUCCAGACCUUGGUUCAGUCUGGGGUUUGCACAUUUUCCCUGUGAUUGCAUGUUUUCCUGGGUCCUCCAGCUUUGUCCCAUAUUGCUAAAGACAUACACCUCGAUAGGUUAAUUUCUGACUGUACCCCUAGUGUGUAGGUGAGUGGUAGAAUUAAUGGAAAUAUGGGUAGAAUGACAUUACGAUCAGCAUGGACUCAGCUGUAAUUAAGGCCUGUUAAUGUUGUAAAACUAUCUCAUUCAGCCUAAUUAGUUAGUUUUGUCUUAUCUGCGAACACAGAUUUGUUUGUCUGAACCUGAAUGUUCGGACAUCUCAAAAAGGGAAUAAACAGGAAAUUACAUAAACUGGAGGUCCCAGAAGCUUACAAAGUCAGUUUUACUACAUGUAUUAUUAGUAUUUCUGUGUCUUUUACACAUUCUGUAAAGAGUAUGGUUAGAUAGAGGGUCAAUCAGUGAACUAGAGUAGAGAAGGGAUGUAACUCUGGAACCAGUGGUGAUGGGAGAAAAACACAAAAGCUGAGAAGAGGGAAAAAAAU